ACGAGAAGCGUGGGAAUUCAUAACUGGACUGUUAUUGAUGCAUAAAUUUCGAUAGUAAAUGUAAGAAGGAGAUCCUUGAAAAGUGAAAACAAGACAUUGUUGAUGAAAUGCAAGAAGUGGUGAAGAAGACCUUAGUCUCUAAAGGUCAAAAAAGUCUUUAAGCUUAUUACACAUUCGUGAAGUCGAAAAGGAAGCUUGAUGAAAUUAAUUUUGAGGGUGCAGAGUGCAGUGCAUGGGUGAAAAACAGAGUGGCCACACCCAAUAAAUACCCGUUACAGUCAAAUCAUAUCAAAGCCAAACUGAAAACAAAUAGAAAGAAGAAAUGUCAAUGGCAAUGGCGACGAGUGUGUCUUCUUCACCUUCACCUGCAACCGCACUCUCUCUCCUCAGCCGCAAACAUUCAUCGCCGAUUUCAUGCAUUCGUCUCUCUCGCUCCUCGUCUGCGUCGCUCUCCUACGCCUUCAAUCCCCUUAGGUCUUUCGUCGGAAUCAGAAGCUUCGCCAAAUCCAAGACCAGCGACCGAACCACAACGUUUCGUGUGCUCUGCUACGCUCCUGCUCCUUUCACUCCUCCCAAUCUGCAAUGGAUCUCUGCUGUUUCUUCGCUGAUUUUGAUACUGGCGAAGGGCACUGCCGUGCCGAAAUCGUAUAUUGUUCCGUUGUUUGCUUUGCAAGCACCUGUAGGUGUCGUUUCCUGGAUCAAAGGUAGGUAUGGUGUGUGGACAGCAUUCUUGGCACUUCUGGUUCGGCUCUUCUUCUUUAUUCCUGGUGAACUUGAGUUGCCAUUUUUGGCAUUGCUCUUGGUGAUGGUAGCUCCAUAUGAGGCUAUGAAAUUAAGGGACACAAAGGAAGGCGCUGCGAUUUCAUUAUUGAUUGCGGUGUAUCUGGCUUUUCAGCAUUUCUCGAGAGCAAGCUUACAACAAUCAUUUGACCAAGGUUCAAUUGUUGCCACUUUAGCUGUCAUUGGUAUCACUGUUGCAUCUGUGUUGCUUCUAGUCUGAGUUGGCAUUGAAAUGAUCUACACUGAUAUGUUGUAAAUAAGAAUAAUACAUGUUGGAAUAUGAUGAUAUUAUUCAGGGUAAAAAAGAAAAAUAUGGAUUAUGUUUGAUACUCGAUCUUGUACUUUUCUCUCGUUAAUUAAUAUAAUGAAGUUGGAAUUAGUACUUGCUA